GAGCUCACCAGAGUUGACACGUGAGGUAUUCGAAUACUUUGUGAAUCGGUCCGAUUAACUCUCAUUCGGAAUUUACUCUUCAACACGGACGUUCGUUUUUAUUUCUUUCAGAGCAAACCAGAAACUUAAACUUAAUCAGACUUCUCAGCUACAAUAAAAUUGAAAAACAACAUAUUUGAAAUGGGAACUGGUGCAUCUAGUGCAGGCAAUUUUAAAGCAGGUGCUACACCUGGUAAAGUAAGCCCAAAAUCUACAUUACGGAACCAAGGAAAUAUUGUUUAUGCCAACAUUGUACCUGAGUCCAACGUAGUACGAAUGGACCCACGACCGAAUAACGCAGCAUUUCUAUGUGGUGAUGUAAAUGGUUGGAACCAUGUUGUGUGGAAAGGAAGCCACGAAACAAGUCGUAGAGCUAGCUUCAGUGAUGAGAUACCAACUUACGAUGGGGUUACUUCUUUCGUAAACCAAAUAGUUGGAUUCGGACAUAGCUGUGAGUUAAGCAAAUGCAGCAGAAAUCUUGAAGAUGGAGAAUAUCGUUGUAAGUUGAAAGAUACUUUACGGAGAUCGAGGCAAAGUAGUAUUGAUACUAUCAGUGAUGUGGGACGUGAUAUGAAGACAAGUUUUGAAAGAAAAAGCUUGGGCAGACCAUUUACAUACAGAACAUUUUCUGAGAAGUCUUGGAGACGCCAGUGUAUGGACCCCGGAACUGUAGCUGCCAGAAUUAAUCGCAAAUUGUUGACGACAGCACGAGAUCUAAAAACAGCCAAACACCGACAAACGGAGAUAUAUCUUUAGCGAUUCCUGUAAUCGGUUUUGAAUAUAUCUUCAGAAAGCCUUCCAUUCAUAAUAUGAAACAUUAAUAUAUAUAUUUCAUCAUAAUCACAGUUGAUUCUUUUACAUGUCUGUCUGUCUGUCUAUCUAUCUAUCUAUCUGUUUGUCUGUCUGUCUGUUUAUCCAUUAUUCCUUUAUGUAUAUUACAAUUGUGAAGACAACGAACAACUAGAUUCUGUGUUAAUGACUUCAUUCCAAUCCUCAUUGUUUCCAUUUAGCUAUAUAAUGUUCCUUUGCAUUAAAUACGUUAGCACUUAACUUUUGUUUUUCCUGCAGAUGGCAUAUAUGCGUAACAUAUUCCCUAAACAUUUCGAUUUUCCUAAGCCAUUUUCAGGAUUAUUUUUACAUUUAGUGAGUGAUUCUCUCAUGAAUGUUCCUGCAUGUACAGUGAACACUAUGUUUCGUGGAUGACGUCGUAAUAUAUCGAAACAUUCACGGAACUUUUUUCCUAUAAUUUCCGAUAUAUUUAAAACACAAACUAUUGACUAAUAUUACACUUUCUUAACCACAUAAUAAUUUCUAAUUAGCUUUUAAACCUGCCAAUUAAUAAAGAUGUUAGCACUAAUUAAAUAUAUUGUAAUAUAUAUAUAUAUAUAUAUAUAUAUAUAUAUAUAUAUAUAUAUAUAUAUA